GAAACCACCUGUCUACUUGAGCAUUUCUGAAGCUGUGAUGGAGAUCGGCAGCACCAGUGAUUGAAUGCGACCUGCGUAUGGUGCGGGGUUUGGCAUCAGGGAUGCCAUUCCGCCUCCCAGUGUGCCAGAGAGGCAAAAGGAUGACGCCAAGUCUCGUGGGAUUCGCUACCAGCUGGGGUUGCACUUCAUGGGUAUUUCUGCACCUCAGUCCGGGUGGCUGGAGCAUGCCCCGGAGUAUGAGUUCAUCAUCCAGGCUGGUGAAGUGGCGAAGCGAUUGAAACCUCGACUUCCGGCUCCACCAGUUGCUGGGCCUUUGACGGAAGAUGAGCUAAAGGCCAUGCUUCCAGUUGGACAACCUUUUUUGCGCGUAGAAGAGCGCACGGCUGUUCGGCUGCCAGAGCCCGUUGAUUAUUUCUGCAUUGAUGUUUGGGAGGAGCGGGUGAACCUGCUCAGUAGCACUCCAAGCAGAAAACUCUUGGGCCAAUGUUAUGUUCCAUUGGAGCAGCGCUUCAACAAGAGGCCUUGCAGCUGGUCAAUCAUCAACAAAGACACCAAAGAAGUGGGUCUCAUCAUUUGCAGGUUCUUCCUAGGUACCACUCCAGCACCUGUUCGUAGCCUACACGUGGUGAGAGGUGCUACGAGGGCAAACGAGCUGCGCUUGGUGUGGGACCCCCCGACGAGUGAUGGUGAUUUGCCUCUUCGUGGCUACCGGAUUGAAGCCCGUGAGCCACAGUAUGGUGGACGCAUCUCUGCCGGGGGCAUGCCAGGAUACCUGGACGAGCCCAGGACUGCAAGUGCUCCAGCAUCAAGCGAACCCGGUGUCACCUUGAAGAAUCUCUCUGGCAACACUGUGUACAUUAUUCGAGUUUGGGCCGUGAACGAGGCUGGUGCUGGACCUGCUGCCGAGGUGAUGGGACAAACAGGUGCUGUUUCCCCUGGCCUCUGUGGUACAGCCCGUGCUGCCACCGAAGGUGAGGAACAGGCCUUGGUGUUGGAAUGGGAACCACCCAGUGACAAUGGCGGUGCAGAUUUGGUCGCAUACAGGCUUUGGCUCCGACCAGUCUUCCAGGAUGGAUUGGGCGGUUUCUUCCCAGCCAGCAACUAUAUCGACUUGGGUCUCUUUGAGCAUGUGGGGGAGGCCGCGGCCACACAGAAGGCACCUGUGAAGUUGGAUCAGUUGCCUUCCUGCUCUGGCUGUUUGUGUAGUGUGGCGGCCAUCAACUCCAGUGGCCUCACAGGGCAGUCCUCAGAGGCACCGGUGGUUUGGGCGCAUGACCCCGAGCGCGAAAAGGAGAUCUUCGAAUUGGGUUCUUCUCCCAGAUCCGGUCUGUCCGGCCCACCUGGUUCGCGGGAAGAACGGAACAAGGACGCAGCUCAUCUUGGGAAAGGCAUCUCAGCAUCGACCUUUCUGGGCUCCAGCCCUGACAGCACUCACCUCACAGUGCCGCGGGCUACUGGAGCUCGAGGGUCCCAAGGACCACGGGAGACGGCCAAAGUUAGUCCCGCACAGAGCCCGCUUCCUCAGUUCAAGGAACCCGUCACCACGGGAUGGGCAGAUCCUGUGUCGGAAGGGCUCACAGGGACUUCGACUGAGAGGCACCAGGUGGCCCUAGCCGCUUCGGAAGCAGCGAAAGCCGCCGAAAGCAACGAUUCAGUCAGGCCGCGUCCGACAUGGGAGAUCUCAAAACGUGGCUCUCUUUCAGCCCGACCGAAAGCAUUAAAUCCAUAAAACAUAACUUA